UUGAAAGUGUCAUCUUCUACAACAUUUUGCAAAACUCCCGAGGCGUCAACGUCUACAAUUCAGUAAACGUCUCGUUCUCGAAUUGCACGUUCGAAGGAGAUUCGUACCAAGUCGAUGCAGAAAACAGACGCAUGGCUGUUGCGGUCACUUUCGAUCAUUUCGAUCAACGUACCCCAUAUCAUCUAACGACGAUCUCCACGGUGAGGCUACUCGACUGUUCUUUUCGCCUAUUCCUGUCAGCAGCGCCCUCGUUUACAUCUGUGUUCGGAGCUAGCAACUCCAGUGAACGAGCUGCAGCCAUCAAAUUGACGUUUUCGGGAAAAGAGACGUUACAGAUGGUUGUAUCUUUUCAACGCUGCUCAUUUGAUGACGUAGAAAUGAAAACGAGCACGACAAUAAACAUACAGUUCUCUGAUGGUGCGUCGAACAACAGAGUAGAAAUACAAAAUUGUCACUUCACAAACUGUACCGCCAAGUUUGGCGCCGCAUCUUUGAUCAAUUUCAAUACGAAUGCAGUCAACAAUACAGUGCAUUUCUCUCAUACUAGAUUUCGUUCUCUCACUGCCAUUCUACAAGGAGGAGCCGCAGUUGUGCGAUUCAUAGACGCACACGAAAACUUUGUCUUUUUCAUGAAUUGUACGUUCUCGCAUGUAGCAGCGCAUGAUCUACUUGGAAUCGGUGCUCUGCUGGCCGCUUACUCUAACGUUCGCACCAGUGUCGCAACUCUCUUUGAUUCCAGCAGUUCGCAUCAGAUUGUAAUAGGAAACGCAAACGUUCACAACAACAUUGCAGCCGAUGGCGUUAUUUACGGCAAAAGUAUUUCCUUGUUACUAACCGGUCGAAGUGAGUUCUGCUGCAGUUCUAACAGUUUUCUCAGUUUGUAUGGUUCACGCCUCACCAUGACUGGAAAUCAAUCAUUCACAUCGAACCGAGCACAUGAAGGAGGAGCCAUCACUCUGUACGACAACAGCAUCCUAGACUUUUCACAGAUCGAUCGUCUUGUCUUGUUCAACAAUUCAGCUCUCGCAUCUGGAGGUGGCAUAUAUUCUGAUCCAGACAGCGGUCAACCGUUUGUAGAAUGGAUCAACAGACGAAUCGGAGUUGCAGAGCAAGAACGCUGCUUUGUAAACAUCAAACACAUAAGCAUUGAUUUUAGAAACAAUUUCAAGUUUCUUUCAAACACUUCAAAGAUCCAGUUUUAUGGUAACACGGCAAAUUCCAACGGUAUAGACAUUAGUGCUGCUUCGUUCACUCGAUGUUACCAUCUCUUUUCUUCCUGCUCUGUUCUCUCCACCAUUUUGCGGGAGCAGCUUGUGCCUGCAGAUAAUCGUCUGCAGUAUGCGUUCAAUCUUGUAAAUGCUUAUCCACAGUCAGCAGAACAAGAAAACUGUACUACAGUCAAGCAGUCUCUCUUUACCACUCCGGUUCAUGCUCAAGUUGCAAGUAAUAUCAAUUGGUUGUUCUUUGAGGCAGCGUCUUGUUCAUGCUUCAAGCAAAUCGUCGAUCAAAAACAGCUAGGUUUCUACUGGCUCUUCAAACAAGUCUGCAAUGCUACAAAAAUUGCCGAUUAUUCCUUGUCUAGAUUCCCUAUUUCCAACGCGUCUGUUCCUAUCAAACGAGCACUGAAUCCACUUCGAGUAACCUACCAGUUUCCAUUUCCUCCAGAAGAAAUGUUUUACGUUCCGUGGGCACAUUCUUGGUUAUCACAAUUUCUAGACAAAGCGAGAGACCAAGAAGUUUCAAACACGGUGCUACUGACAAGUCAUGUCACCUUAACACCGUCACCUGGAGAAACUUUCCAGCUCAAUCUGCGCGCUUUUGAUCAAUUCUUGCGCGCAGUCAACGAUAGCGUGGCCUUUUUGUCGCUGACUCCUCCACAUGAAAAGCUGCAAGUGUCUCCCUCUAUGGCACUACUUCGUCAAGGACACAAUACUUACAAGCGCUCGAGUUCCAUUAUAUUUAUCAUUAACGAGCCAAUCAUCGAUAUCUCAUUGCUUGGCCUCGUGAAUGGAACUGGGACGCUGUGGAUUUCUGCCACAUCCAUAUUUUCAGAUAAUCCAAUUAUUCUUUCCAUUGCAUUCCGUCUUUCUCCGUGCCAUCUCGGCUUCACAGCUAAAAAUGUUGACAUCGACACAGCUCAUGCCUACAUAGUAGAAUAUGAUAACCCAUCGAUUGAUUUUGAUGAAUCAUUACUGUCAUGCCAGUGUAUAGACAGUAACGCUAUUUCUGCCUGUUCUCAAUCCAAAAAGACUGUUCUAAUCAAGGAGAGAACUUGGGCAGGAGAUCUCAAUGCAAACCUGGACUACUUCACUCAGUCCAAUCCUCACAACGGUACAUUGGAUGAAUUGUUAGCACCUGAAUUCAACAAACGUUUUGGCUGGGGAAGUUGUGUGCUCAAUUUCUGUAAAGAGGAAGUUGUACAAGGCAACUGGUUGCUAAACGACAUUGAUCCUUGUGCUGGACAAAGAGCAGGACGUCUUUGCGGAACAUGUCAGCCAGGACUCACAAUCACACCGUUUGAUCUGCAAUGUCAAGACUGUACAGGAUCGACAGGCAAGGCUGGAAUAUUCUUUGUUGUAUUCCUAAUUGUGGCUGGCAGCUUCCUACUAUUGGCUAUCUCCAUAUUCACUGAUAUUAGCAAGUCUACUACAUACGAUACACUGCUCUUUGUAGCUCAAGUAAAUCCGUACUUACUACCUGUUGGUACAACCUCGUCCUAUAUUGUCAGCAAGCUAACUUACCUGUACGUGGCACGGAUUUGCUUUACAGACACGUUUCCAACAGCAGCUUAUCUUGGAUUCCAAAUUCUAGUUCCAAUGUUCCUUCUUCUUCUUCUGCUUGUCCUCGUCGUCACCAAUCUCCGUCCAAUUCGUCGCCUACUGACUUUGCCUCGUGCUCUCAAAGCAGUUGUUUUCAUUCUUUCCAUCACAUACUUCAAUUUUACAGUUGCAGGAAUGGAGUUUCUCAGAGCCAAUCGGCUCUUUGCAGAAGACAAUAUAGGCGGUGGUCUAGUCGUUUUCAUCAACGGUAGUUCCGCUUACACGGGCAGUGGUCAUAUAGGGUUCAUUCCCCUUGGAUUGCUCAUUAUCAUUGCUGCAGCAGUACUGCCUGUGUUAGCCGUUGCCUAUCAGAAUCAUCCUCGAAUAAAGCCACUCUCUGAUAUUUACACAAGUUUUUAUGAUGAUCAACAUCGCUGGUGGGUUACAGUCAACCUGUGGAGACGAUUUGCUCUAGCUUUACUUGCUGUGGGCAUCUCCAUGGCUCCACUACGUAACAUACACUUUGUCCGCCAGAACACUCUCUUAGCCAGCGUCCUCGUCCUUACUGUCAUGCACUUAAUAUUCCAGCCAUUUCGCACAAAGUUUGCCAAUACAUUUGAGACAGUGAUACUAUUCAACAUGUGUCUUCUUUCUGGAAUGAGUAUUGCCACAUCAGGUCUCAUCUCUUAUAACUUGUUCUUGGUGGUGGCAUUCUGGCCCUUCUUUGCAGGACUGAUAAUACUUCUUUACAACCAUAAACACAGAAUAGCAGACGUGUUUCUAAGAGUGUUAAAGAUGUGCAAAGGACGCAAUCACUCAAGCAAAAAUGUGGAUGAAACGAAUGUUGAACAGGAGAAGGAAAUGGAUUCAGUUACGAACAGUGAACAUGCAGUAGCCACUACAACAACUCAGUAGUGUCUAGACAUGCAUGUAUUUAGUGUGUCUAGUCAAUAAUCAAAAUGAUCACUUUCUUAUUGGAAUAGUUAUUGCUUGUAUUUAUCUGCCUCACAUUAGCUAGAAAGUAUACGUAGAAAGUAUAUGUACUGUUC